GGUCUCAUUGUGGAGAUGAAGCUGCUCCUGGCCCUGGCGGGGGUCAUAGCCACACUCAUCCUGGUCCAGCCUUGUGAGGGUGCUGCCCCAGCUUCCCCCAUGGCAGUGGAGACAUCAGUCCUUCAGGACUGCGUGAGAGAGGCCAAGCUGCUGGUGGAUGCCGCCUACAAUCGGACUCAGAGGAGAAUCAAGCAGCGCCUUCGAAGUGGUUCUGCCAGCCCUGCGGACCUCCUGUUCUACUUCAAACAGCCGGUGGCGACCACUAGGACAAUUGUGCAGGCUGCUGAUUACAUGCAUGUGGCCUUGGGGUUGCUGGAGGAGAAGUUACAACGGCAGGGGUCCAGUUCCCCCAAUGUCACUGAUGUGCUGACGGAAUCCCAGCUGUGGCUGCUGUCCAAGGCCAGUGGCUGUGCUGUCCGGGCCCAAGAGGAGAAGUGCAGUAACAAGUAUCGCACCAUCACUGGGAGAUGCAACAACAGGAGGAUACCCUGGCUGGGGGCCGCCAACACUGCCCUGAAGCGCUGGCUGCCAGCGCAGUAUGAGGACGGGCUGUCGCGCCCCUUCGGCUGGACUCCUGGCUGGAGGCGCAAUGGCUUCCUUCUCCCUCUGGUCCGGGAAGUCUCUAACCAGAUCGUGCGCUUCCCCAAAGAGAGGCUGACCUCCGACCACAGUCGGGCCCUCAUAUUAAUGCAGUGGGGCCAGUUCAUCGACCACGACUUGGACUUUGUCCCUGAAUCCCUAGCCAGAGUGGCCUUCACUGCAGGUGUCGACUGUGAGAAGACCUGUGCCCAGCUGCCCCCCUGCUUCCCCAUCAAGAUUCCACCCAAUGACCCCCGAAUCAAGAACCAGAGAGACUGCAUCCCCUUUUUCCGCUCGGCACCCGCAUGCCCCCAGAAGAACGUCGUUCGAAACCAGAUGAAUUCACUCACCUCCUUCUUGGACGCCAGCAUGGUGUAUGGCAGUGAGGUCUCCCUUGCCCUGCGUCUCCGCAACCGGACCAACUUCCAUGGACUACUGGCCAUUAACCAGCGCUUUAGUGACAAUGGCCGGGCCCUGCUACCCUUCGACAGCCUGCGUGAUGACCCCUGCCUCCUCACCAACCGCCCAGCGCGCGUCCCCUGCUUCCUGGCAGGUGACUCUCGAUCAAGUGAAACUCCCAAUCUGGCAGCCAUGCAUACCCUUUUUAUGCGAGAGCACAACCGGCUGGCGACUGAGCUGAGACGCCUGAAUCCCCGGUGGUCUGGAGACAAGUUAUACGAGGAGGCUCGGAAGAUUGUGGGGGCCAUGGUCCAGAUCAUCACCUACCGAGACUAUCUCCCCCUGAUUCUGGGCACGGACCGGGCCAGGAGAACCCUGGGCCCCUACCAGGGUUAUUUCUCCAAUGUGGACCCUCGUGUGUCCAAUGUCUUCACCCUGGCCUUCCGCUUUGGGCACACCAUGCUCCCACCCUUCUUGAUCCGCUUAGACAGCCAGUUCCGGGCCUCAGCACCCAACUCACAUGUUCCGCUCAGCUCCGCCUUCUUUGCCAGCUGGCGUGUUGUGCAUGAAGGCGGCAUAGACCCCAUCGUGCGAGGCCUCAUGGCCACUCAGGCCAAGCUGAACCGGCAGGAUUCCAUGGUGGUGGAUGAGCUCCGAGACCGGCUAUUUGAGCAAGUGAGGAGAAUCGGGCUAGACCUGGCAGCUCUCAACAUGCAACGGAGCCGGGACCACGGCCUCCCAGGGUAUAAUGCUUGGAGGCGCUUUUGUGGGCUCUCCCAGCCCAGGAAUCUAGCACAGCUUAGCCGAGUGCUGAGAAAUCGGAAUUUAGCGAGAAAGUUCCUGAAUGUGUACGGGACGCCUGACAACAUUGACAUCUGGAUCGGGGCCAUUGCAGAGCCUCUUUUGCCAGGGGCCCGAGUGGGGCCUCUUCUGGCUUGUAUUUUUGAGGACCAGUUCAGAAGAGCCCGAGCUGGAGACAGGUUCUGGUGGGAGAAACGAGGCGUUUUCACCAGGAGACAACGUGCGGCCCUGAGGCAGAUUUCCUUGUCUCGAAUUGUGUGUGACAAUACUGGUAUCACCACCGUUCCGAGGCACAUCUUCAGGGCCAACGCCUUCCCCCGGGACUUUGUGAGCUGCAGCAGCAUCCCCAGGUUGAACCUGUCAGCCUGGAGAUGCAAUUGA